AUGGAUGAGAACAUUGGUAUCAUUUUGGAUAUGUUUCCAUCGAUGGCCAUUGAUGACAUCAAAUCAUCAUUGUCAUUACAUAACAAUAAUGUAGAGGAUACCAUCAAUCACCUUUUGACCACACCUGUUGCUGUUGCUGACGACAACAACAAUGAGCAUGAUGAGGACGACGACGAAGAGAAAAAGAAUGAACAACUAUUACGAGAUAUGCUUAAGGCUGAACAGGAACAACUAGAUAAGGAACAUCAAUCAAAGACAUACUACUGUAGCAUCUGUUAUGACGAUCUCAUGAUUGACCAGUUCUACAUCAUUGAUGAAUGUGAGCAUCGAUUCUGCGUUGGCUGUCUAAGACACCACUACCAAUCCCAGAUCCAGAUGCGAUUUCCUUACAUCAAAUGCCCUCAGCUCACAUGUCCUAGGAAGGUAUCAUAUGUUGAGGUCAAACACAUACUCUCUGAUGAGGAAUUUGUAAAGUAUGAUAAACUGUUGUUGGAUUGCAGUCUCCAGAAGGACAAGAACUUGGUCUACUGUCCAUAUCCAGACUGUGGCAGUGCAAUGAUAGUUCCAACUGGUGAAGAGGGUCAUGUCGAGUGCACCAACAAUGAAUGUGGCCAUAACUUUUGUUUAAAGUGUCGCGAUGAACACUAUGGCUACACAUGCCAGGAGAUAGUUGAUCUUCGAGAGUAUAUUAGAGAGAACACUUAUGUGGCCAAGGUGAACGUAGCCUUGAACGAUGGACACGCCAUACAGAACCUGUUCUGGAUGGGCAAGGGUCGCAAGUGGAAAAAGACAGUGAUGAAGAUCGACAAACGUCUUGGAAGCUACCUGGCUAACAACACACGAAUGUGUCCUACAUGUCAUAUCAUCAUCGAGAAGGAUGGUGGCUGCAAUGACAUGGACUGUGCAUUCUGUCACCACAGGUUUUGUUUCGGCUGUGGAAUAGAUAUCACAACAACACAUGUUAUUAGCGCCAACAACACAAUGGAAAAUAUCCAUGCCCAAUCGUGCCAAGACAAAGGG